GUCAAGAUCCUAGAUAAUACCAAAUGAAUUCAAAAAAGGGGCUCCACACGCUAAAUCCCUUGCAAUGGGUUUAAAACUUUUAAACCCCCUUAGGAAGAAGAAAUAAUCGUUACCGUAAAAAACUGAGUCUUCCUUUUCACAAUAGAAGCUUCACUUGAUCCUGCCUAUAUAAACACCUUUCUUUCUUUCUCUCAAAUCAAUACCAACCAUCACUUCUUUCUCUGUUUCUCUCUCUCUGAUCUGCCUCUUUGUUCUUCAUAAAUCUUUACAAGUUUACUCGAGAUGUGUUUGAUAAUGGAAGCUGAUGAUCACGACGGUUGUGUGUUAGUCGCGCCGCAGAAUUUUUCUAUGGUUGAAAACGGUAUCUACCGAUCUUCGUUUCCUAAGCCAGAGCAUUUCGGUUUCCUCACAGCCCUUAAUCUUCGUUCCAUCAUUUAUCUUUGUCCUGAACCAUACCCUGAGGAGAUUUUGAAGUUUUACGAGGCCAACAACAUUAGGCUUUUUCAAUUUGCAAUCGAAAGCCAAAAGGAUCCUCCUACACCAAUACCAGAGGAUACAGUUAUGGCUGCUCUCAGAGUCUUAGUUGAUGUAAGAAACCAUCCGAUCCUCAUACACUGCAAAGCCGGAAAGCAUAGGACAGGUUGUUUGGUGGGAUGCUUAAGAAAAGUUCAGAACUGGUGUUGGUCAUCGGUGCUAGAGGAAUACCAAAAGUACGCGGGUUCGAAGUGCAGACAGAGGGACAUGAAGUGUAUUGAGACAUUUGAUACCGUGAGCUUGAGGCAGUGUCUCUUGAGCAUUAUGUACCGUUAUCUCGGUUAUGGUCCUAAUAGGAAAAGGUUGCUCUAUGGAGAAGAAAAUGUCCAGACACCGAAACCGCAGGCUACCAAUGUUUGAAAACGAGAGCAACCAAGUGAGACAUGGUUCCGACAUAAGUUUGAGAUUCAAUUUAUAAGUAACUAGAUGAUUCAUUUACGGGGAGAAGUUAGUUUAUACAUAUAUAUCAAGAUUCAUAAACAUACGUUGUAAGUUUUCAGAAAGGCUAUUCUUCAUUCAUAAUUAGAAACUGAUGCAUGAGAGGUCAAUUAACUCAAUGGCCAUCAUGAUUAAGUUGCUUUAUAUUAUUUUAUUUAUUUAUUAUUACUUGUCAAGUCUUAAAGUGUGGGUUUAGUUGGCUGGUGGCCAUUACCAUUGUUAAUUUACAAUCAAUUACUAAAAGAUGAGAGAAUAAUAUUAAUAAAUUUUGGUAAACAUUAUUACACAAUGUGACAUUUUCCAAUCUAUACCAUGUGCGGUGCAUGACAAGGUUUCUGACAAUAUAAUACCAUAUAAGAGCAAAGAUCUCUUAAUUAAAGAUGUCUUUUUAAGAUAAUCAAAGAAUCCAACCAAUUUGUGUUAAGCAUUCUUGAACUAAAAGAGGCCAUAUUCUGUUUUAUUAACAAACGGCGACUUUACACCUAAUUUAACACGUAAAUAGAAAGAAGUUAAGUGUGAAAACACACGUAACAAACAAGCGACUUAAAUCAAACGUGAUGUGCACUUAAUGCAAUGCAAAAACAUAUAAACAGAGAAACUGAAGCCACAACGCUAGCCUAAACCAAAUGAUACUCGACACAAGUUCUUGCAAAAUACAAAGAACAGUUGCAAUUAA